AGGAAACACCACAUGAAAUACCACUUACUGUCACUGCAGCUCUCAAUGGACUGGGCCCUGUUUGUAAUUUUGCAAGUCUUGUUUCAGCCAUCGCUCUCAGACCUGUUCACUGUUGAGGCGGAUCGAAACACGUACAAGUCGGAGCUCGGAAGAGACGUGGUGAUGGGCUGCAGGUUUCAGCCUAAACUGUCAAAUCCUGACCCAGAGCUGAGGGUGACCUGGCACUGGAUCAAAAGUGGCGAUGUCCGGGAGGUGUACCGGAUGAAUAAUGGCGUGGAGAAGUCCGCAACUCCGGAGUAUCAGGGCAGAGUAAAACUCCUGACAGAGCAGCUGAGAAAUGGCUGGGCCAAACUAAAGCUCUCCAAUCUCCGGAUCAACGACUCUGGGACGUAUCAGUGUUUGGUGGCGACGGCAAAAGGAGCCGACUAUAAAACAAUAACUCUGUCCGUUGUAGCACCUUAUAAAUCAGUGACUAAACGCAUAGAGAAGACCGCAGAGGGGCAUCACGUGCUGUUGACCUGUCAAUCAGAGGGAUACCCCGAGUCGUCUGUUGUGUGGCAGGAUGGACGCCUGAAGGAACUCAGACCCAACACCACCACUGUACCAACAGCAAACCAGCUGUUUAAAGUCACCAGUCAGAUACGUGUCAGCGCACGGGACAAAAACAACUACACAUGCAACUUUACAAAUGACGGCCGCGUCGCAACAUUUCGAGUUCCAGAUGAAAUACCUAUUCCACAGAUAAAAAACGAGGCUCUCUACAUCAUAUUGAGCAUUGGAGCCGUAAUGGCCGUGAUCAUCGUUGCGGUGCUCAUCUACAGACGACGAAAAGGAUCCAGCGCUCUGAGUGCCAGGAACCUUCUGGGUGUUGAUCUGGGUCGAUAUUGUCCUUCUGCCACCUGUCUACAAAUACAUACAGAAAACGAGGAGGAGAGAACUAUUUUAAAAUGUGGCAUGGAGGAAAAUCUGGGGGAGUUUCUGAAAGAGCAUUAUUCCGACUCCUUCAGUAAAGAGUCGAGACGCUCGUGGGACGUUCUCACCGUGGAGGAGUUACCUCGCAGGCUCCAAAACAAUGAGGGCAAGGCCAUACAACUUCAAGCUGUGCUCCCAGAAGCUGGAGAGACACUUUUCCUCGAGGGACCUCCAGGGAGCGGGAAGACGACCCUAGCCCAGAUCCUGGUCUCUUCUUGGACCGAGGGACGGACAAACCUCAUCGAUCUCAGCACCCUCCGACUUCUCGUUUACGUCGACUGCAGUGCAGUGGAGGGCGAACUGUUCCAGGAAGUAUUGUCUCAACGCUCGCUGAUAAACACGACAGAGGACGAGCUGAGGACAGUGUUAACCAGGAGCAGCGAGGCUCUGCUGUUGUUGGACGGGUACAGAGAAGGAUGCAGAACUUUUGAUGAGUCCUUAAAGAGGUUCCUGACUGAGAGGGGGGGAUGCAGGGUGCUGGUCAUGGCCUCUCCUGCCAACUGCCCAACGCUCAAAGCGACAUGUGGAACAGGAGGGAUCCUGAGGCUCGAGACACAAACUGUGUGAUACUGAUUUAUGACAACAAUGCACUUGUUACGUUUUUAUUCUUUUUAUAUUCAAGAAGUUGUUGUCUCGUCCAAUUUUUUAAAAGCCCAAAUGCUGCAAAAUGUAAAUUUAAAGUAUUAUUCCGUUUACAUAGGAAAUGUAAUUAAUUUACAUUUUGUGUUCUAUGUUUUGUUACAUGUCAACUUUUUUUAUAAAGUUUAUAAAAGUUUAUAAAAAACGAAAGUAGCUACAUCUUUUAUUAUGUCUCAGCUUGUGAACGCAACAUCUCAGGAACGUCGACUUGAACUCCCAGAUGAACUGAUUCGAUUUUAGCGGUCAAAGGUCAAAGUACAAGGUCAUGGGGACCUCAUGUUCUUGUGAAAGUAAUAUAUCAGGGACAACCAUCGAGAAUUUCAUUACAUCUGACAAAAACAUGUACUUGGACUGAAGAAUGAGCAGAUCAGAGUUU